GCAGCUUCCGGUCGGUGGUGGCUCCGCGCUUGUGGUCGAGCGAGAGUUAAACCAGAGGAUUCACCAUCUCUUCUAUGGCUGCCUCACAAACUUCACAAACUGUUGCAUCUCACGUUCCCUUUGCAGAUUUAUGUUCAACUUUAGAACGAAUACAGAAAAGUAAAGGACAUGUAGAAAAAAUUAGACACUUUACAGAAUUUUUAGAUUCUUGGAGAAAAUUUCAUGAUGCCCUUCAUAAGAACCAAAAAGAUGUUACAGACUCUUUUUACCCAGCAAUGAGACUUAUUCUUCCUCAGCUGGAAAGAGAGAGAAUGGCUUAUGGAAUCAAAGAAACUAUGCUUGCUAAGCUUUAUAUUGAAUUGCUUAACUUACCGAGACAAGGAAAAGAUGCCCUUAAGCUCCUGAAUUACAGAACCCCUUCUGCAGUUCACAGUGAUGCGGGAGACUUCGCACUGACUGCAUACUUUGUGUUGAAGCCAAGAUGCUUACAGAAAGGAAGCUUAAGCAUACAGCAGGUAAAUGAACUUUUAGACUCUGUUGCCAGCAAUAAUUCUUCCAAAAGAAAAGACUUAGUAAAGAAGAGCCUUCUACAACUUAUAACUCAGAGUUCAGCCCUUGAGCAAAAGUGGCUCAUACGAAUGAUUUUGAAAGACUUAAAGCUUGGUGUUGGUCAGCAAACUGUAUUUCCUGUUUUUCACAGUGAUGCUACUGAGCUGUAUAGUGUUACCACAGAUCUGGAAAAGGUCUGUAGGCAGCUGCAUGAUCCGUCUGUAGGCCUCAGUGAUAUUUCUAUCACAUUGUUUUCUGCCUUUAGACCAAUGCUCGCCGCCAUAGCAGAUGUUGAGCGCAUUGAAAAGGACAUGAAACACCAGAGUUUCUACAUCGAAACCAAGCUCGAUGGUGAGCGUAUGCAGAUGCACAAAGAUGGGGACGUGUACCAAUACUUCUCCCGAAAUGGAUAUAAUUACACUGAUCAGUUUGGUGCUUCUCCGCAGGAAGGUUCUCUCACCCCAUUCAUUCAUAACGCAUUCAGAACAGAUGUACAAGUCUGUAUCCUUGACGGUGAGAUGAUGGCCUACAACCCAAAUACACAAACAUUUAUGCAGAAGGGGGACAAGUUUGAUAUUAAAAGAAUGGUAGAAGAUUCUGAUUUGCAGACUUGUUACUGUGUUUUUGAUGUAUUGAUGGUUAAUAAUAAAAAGCUAGGACGUGAGACCCUGAGAAAGAGGUACGAGAUUCUUAGUGGUACUUUUAUACCAAUACAAGGUAGAAUGGAAAUAGUGCAGAAAACGCAGGCUCACACUAAGAACGAGGUGGUCGAUGCAUUGAAUGAGGCGAUAGAUAAAAGAGAAGAGGGAAUCAUGGUGAAGCAUCCUCUGUCUAUUUACAAGCCGGACAAAAGAGGUGAAGGAUGGUUAAAAAUCAAACCAGAGUAUGUCAGCGGACUGAUGGAUGAAUUGGACAUCUUAAUUGUGGGCGGCUACUGGGGCAAAGGUUCACGGGGUGGAAUGAUGUCUCAUUUUUUGUGUGCAGUGGCAGAGAAGCCUCCUCCUGGGAAGAGGCCGUCUGUAUUUCACACUCUCUCUCGUGUUGGCUCAGGAUAUACCAUGAAAGAGCUGUAUGAUCUGGGUUUGAAACUGGCCAAACACUGGAAGCCUUUUCAUAAAAAAACUCCACCAAGUAGCAUUAUAUGUGGAACAGAGAAGCCAGAAGUGUACAUCGAACCGUGUAAUUCUGUCAUCGUUCAGGUUAAGGCAGCAGAGAUAGUCCCCAGUGAAAUGUAUAAAACUGGCUGUACAUUGCGUUUUCCACGGAUUAAGAAGGUAAGAGAUGACAAAGAGUGGCAUGAAUGCAUGACUCUGGACGACUUAGAGCAACUUAGGGGAAAGGCAUCUGGAAAGCUUGUGUCAAAACACCUUGAUGUAGGUGGUGAUGAUGAACCUCAAGAAAAAAAGCGGAAAACUGCCCCAAAGAUGAAAAAAGUUAUUGGAAUUAUUGAACACUUAAAAGCACCUAACCUUUCUAACAUAAGCAAAGUCUCUAAUAUAUUUGAAGAUGUUGAGUUUUGUGUCAUGAGUGGAACAGGCAGUCAUACAAAACCUGAGCUGGAGAACAGAAUUGCAGAAUUUGGUGGCUAUAUAGUACAAAAUCCAGGACCAGACACAUACUGUGUUAUUGCAGGGUCUGAGAACAUCAGAGUGAAAAACAUAAUUUCUUCAGAUAAGCAUGAUGUUGUCAAGCCUGAAUGGCUUUUAGAGUGUUUUAAGACCCAAAGUUGUGUGCCAUGGCAACCUCGCUUUAUGAUUCAUAUGUGUCCAUCAACAAAACAGCAUUUUGCCUGUGAAUAUGAUUGCUAUGGUGAUAGUUACUUUGUUGACACGGAUUUGAGCCAACUGAAAGAAGUAUUUUCGGGAAUUAAGAAUUCUAGUGCACAGACUCCUGAAGAAAUGGCCUGUGUGAUUGCUGAUCUAGAGUGUCGGUAUUCUUGGGACCACUUUCCUCUCAGUAUGUUUCGUCAUCACACCGUUUAUUUGGACUUGUAUGCGGUGAUUAAUGAUCCAAGCACCAAAACUAAGGGAGCGAAAUUAACUUUUACAGCCUUGGAGCUUCGGUUUCAUGGAGCAAGAGUAGUUUCUUGUUUAGCUGAGGGGGUGUCUCAUGUAGUCAUUGGAGAGGAUCAGAGUCGUGUUGCAGAUUUUAAAGCUUUUAGAAGAACUCUUAAGAAAAAGUUUAAAAUCGUACAAGAACGUUGGGUAACUGAGUCAAUAGACCGCUGUGAAUUGCAAGAGGAAAAUCAGUAUUUGAUUUAAAGCCAGCUUCCUUAGGGAGGAAAGCCUUAGAUCUGGUGGACUUAUUGCAACAGGUAGUAAUACUGAAGUAUUAAGCCACACCUUAUCUUUGUCUUUUAAAAUCAGUACUUUAAAAAGUGUAACUAGAGAGAGAAAAGCAAUGAUUUUAACUUUUAAAAUAGAAAAGGAACUGAAUGGCCCAAAGC